AUGCUUUUUAAAUUACUGUUGGUUUUUACUGUGGUAUAUGGGUGUGAAGUCGACAACGUGAAGAGGAAGGAUCAGGAGGAGUUUGUGGGUUUUAUAAGUUUAAAAUCAUUUUUUGAAAAUUUAAAAAAUUUUUUGUAUUUUAUAUAAAACAAAAUUUUAAAAAUUGAUUAUAUUAUAUAAAUUUCAUUAAAUUUAAAACUUUAGGUAAAAAAAGGAAAAUUCAUCGAAUUUGUUCAAAAAUGUGAGCACAAAGAGAUGGGCUGGACUGUCAAAACGAUUGGAUGUCUGAACAAAGCUGGAGAACGUCACCCACUUGGUGCCACGGUUGAUGGUCAACUAUGUGAAGUCCACAAUGAUGGCAGUGGCACAGCUGAAGUCGAAGACAUGAAAAAAUGGAACGAUGCUCCAGCUGCACCACCAACUCGCGUCUUCAAACGAUCUGUUACCCAAACUGCCAAAGCUAGUCCCAAGUGUGAAGGCCGAAGCGAAGGCGUGGAAUGGGACGAAGGAAACUUUAGGUUAAGCUGUGUUAAGAACAUCUUGCAAUAUGUUGGUUGUUAUACUUCGGAUCGUACUUAUAUUGCUGCUGGCUCUACUGGUACCAUGAAUAAGUUUACAUUCAAAUGUGAAGCUAAUGAGAAUGGCAUUAGAAUCUAUCCUUUGGACAAGAAGACAAAAGGAUCUGAUGCUGGUUUGAACAGUCAUAACGAAGACAAAACAUCAAAAUCAGAAAAAGCUGAAAAGGCUGGACCACCUGGCGUAGCUCCACCUGGAUUUGAAGCCUUUUUACCAACUGCCGCCAACAGUCAGCCAAAAUCGACCGAUAAAGUUAAUGGCUGUAAGGAUCAUAAGGAAGGUAAGAAGAUUUAUGUAUUUGCCUUAGUUUUUUGGUCGUUAUGCAAUUACAGAAGUUGCACUGCAUAACGUUUACUUCUUUUUAGAUUCGUAUUAUUAUAAAAGUUAUAUUACCAUCCCUUUCAGGAGAAGAAUGGACCGUCGGCUCCUUCAAAGCCUCAUGCCAACAAGGCAAAACCCAAUGGUUAGGAUGCCAAAAGGAAGAUGUCUUUAUCCCAGUAAAUGAACAGAAAAAGGUAUCUGGCUUCACUUACCAAUGCCAAUCGACCAGUACCGGCAUCAAAAUUCAACCUUUAGAAGACAAUGUACCUAAAAGACCAGCCAACGCAUGUGAGAACCAUGAUGAUGAACAAGAAUGGCGUUCUGGAAACUUUUUGAAGCGUUGUGUUGAUGGUAAGACUGAAUUCACUGGUUGUUUCCGGAAUGGCGAUGACUUUAUUCCAAUCGGCAGCCAAGUUGAGAUUGGAAAGUUCACCUUCGAGUGUCGAACUACUCCAACUGGUGCUGAAGUAGUACCACUUCAGAGUAUUGUCUGA